CUAAGCGACCUUUAUAUUCAAGUUUCGCGGCAACGCCCUUCUUUCUCUCUCUAAAGCCUCUCUCUCUAAAACUCGCUGCCUCCCAAACUUAAAAAGUAAAUCAUCUUUCUUUCUCCCUAUGGUUUUUACCCUGGUCGCCUAGGCUCUAAAUCGGUCUUUAUAAAGCAGCUUUUGGAAGUUGUAUUUUAUUUAAUUAUUGGACUUGGGGGGUUUCUUGCUGGUGUCCUGGAUUAAAUUUCUUGUUGAAGAUUUUGUUCUUUUCCCUCCUUGAAGUAUUUGAGAAUAAGUCCUCAAUGGCCCCAACAAGAAAAAAAAGUGUGAAUAAGCGGUUUUUGAAUGAAGUCUCACCUCAUAAAGAAGUUAGGAAUCCAAACAAAAAUAAAGAAAGGGUGAUAGGGAAGAGGAGAUUGUCUGAUAAGUUAGGACCCCGAUGGAGUGAGGAGGAGCUUCAGCAAUUCUACAAAGCAUAUCGGGUCCAUGGGGUGGAAUGGAAGAAGAUUGCUGCUGAAGUCCCUAACAGAUCUGUGGAAAUGGUGAAGACCCUUUUUAAGAUGAAUAAGGCAUACUUAUCCCUUCCUGAGGGAACAGCUUCUGUGGUUGGCCUUACAGCUAUGAUGACUGACCAUUAUUACUCCCAUGAAGUGAGUGACAGCGAAGGAGAAAGCAAUGAUGUGCCAGGAAUGUCUCGGAAACCUCAGAAAAGCAAGCAGGCAAAAAUCCAACUUAGUGCAUCAAAAGAUCUCCAGCAGUCUCGCUCAAUUGCAUCAACUGAUGGAUACUUAUCAUUAUUGAAGAAAGGACAAUUUUAUGGUGGCCAGCCUCGUGCAGUUGGGAAAAGGACACCUCGAAUUGCUGUUUCAUAUCCGUAUAAGAAAAAUGACAGUGAAAAUUAUGUUUCACAGAAGAAGGGCCAGAAGUCAGAGAAUGAUGUUAAUGAUGAUGGAGUACAUGUUGCUGCACUGGCAUUAGCCGAGGCAUUACAAAAAGGAGGUUCUCCCCAAGUUUCUCCCACCCAAUGUAGAAGGACAGAACAUAUUAAAUCAUCACCAGUUAGAAGCUGGGAUAUGAUGUUUCCACAGUCAAAGUCAAGUCAUUCAAAACUUCAAGAUGCUUUCAUAGAUGAAGAAUUGAUGGGAGAUGGUAUAAGCAGGGGAGCUGAUAGUGGUGCUUAUGCCAGGGAUGCAAGCUCCUUGGUGGAUAUGGAAGGUGUAGGUACUGUAGAAGUUCAUCCAAAGGGAAACAAGUUUUACAGAAAGAAAGUAAAAGUUGAAGAGAGAGGGAAUUGUCAAUCUGAUGACGGUGGAGAAGCUUGUAGUGGUACUGAAGAAGGACCAAAAAUAAAUGCUCUAAAGGGGAAAACUGAUAUUGACGAGUCAAAUGCAAAAACUGAUGAGAGGUCUCCACAGGCCCGAAAGAAGAUAAGUGGCAAACAUUUCUCUGGAGAUGAAUUCUCUGCUUUGGAUGCUCUGCAAACUUUGGCUAACCUUUCUGUAAUGGAAUCUGAAUCAUCUGUCCAGUUGAAUGAAGAAAGAAUGGUACUUUCUGUGGAUGACAAAUUUAGCAAACCUGAAGCUAUAUCUACUAGCCACCAUAGAGAUAAACUCCUAGGGUACAGAGAAAAAGUGUUUCAUCCAAGAAGUGAAGUUGAGGGUGCCUCAAGAAAAUCCAAGCUGGGAAGAAACACAGCAACUAAGCCUGUCUCUAAACCAAAGCAAGGGCUUCAGUCCAUCAACAACAAUAUUAAUGCAUUGAAAAGAAAACGCCAUUCUUUGGUAUCAAAGGUAUCAAAUGCUGAAGCACCCAUAAACUUACAUCUAAGUAAACCAUUGGAGGCUGAGCCUGUGGAUGAGGAGGAGAUUAUUUCUGCGCUUAAAGGAAAACGAACUUGUCUAGUUUCUGCUGUUUCAAAGCAAUCGAAAGCAACUGGAUUAUCAGCGGGCUCUGUCAGCGGUGAUCAGAAAAGCUCUGCUAGUGAUGUGGCAAUAUCAACUGCUCAAGUUCCUGUGGCAAGUCAAGUUACCUUGCCAACCAGUAAAAUAAGCAGGCGCAAGAUGAGUCUAAAGCAAUCAUUUAUCCAUAAAGAGGGGCAUUCUUCUGAGAACAUCCUUAAAAAUCAAGCAAAUAGAUAUUCAAUCUCCUUGCAAGAUACAGCACCCUUUCUAAAGGGAAAGUUUUCUUCUUGUCUCUCAUCUCCGAUGGUUCGUAGAUGGUGUACAUUUGAGUGGUUCUACAGUGCAAUUGACUACCCUUGGUUUGCUAAAAGGGAGUUUGUGGAGUACUUAAAUCAUGUUGGACUUGGGCACAUUCCAAGACUAACUCGUGUUGAAUGGGGUGUCAUAAGAAGUUCCCUGGGCAAACCUAGAAGAUUCUCUGAACAUUUUUUACAUGAAGAAAGGGAGAAACUGAAGCAGUAUAGGGAUUCUGUGAGAAAACAUUAUACUGAACUUCGUACUGGUAUCAUGGAUGGACUUCCAACUGAUUUAGCAAGACCUUUAUCAGUUGGACAGCGAGUAAUUGCUGUGCAUCCCAAAACAAGAGAACUUCACGAUGGAAGUGUGCUCACAAUUGAUCAUGACAGGUGCAGAGUUCAAUUUGACUGUCCUGAGAUGGGAGUGGAAUUUGUCAAGGAUAUAGACUGCAUGCCUUUAAAUCCAUUCGAUAACAUGCCAGAAGCUCUUCGGAGAGGUCGAUUCUCUGUUGCAUCCAAGGAACUGCAAGUGAAUGGGCAUUCACAUAUUGGAGGGUUUACUUCACCAAGGCGUUUAGACAACUUACGGAUUCCCAUGAAUACAUUGGUAAAGCAGGUGGAUGCAAACCACCAACAAUCAAAGGCAGCAUCUAUUGACAUUGUUAGUGCACAACAAAUAGCUAGUCAACCUUCUGUGGUGUCACAACUCGAAGUGAAGGAAGUUGAUGUACAAGCUCUUUCUGAGUUGAAUCAUGCUCUUGAUAAAAAGGCCUCUUCUGCUUUAGUCAAUUUGAGGCAACACAAUACAUGCCCAGGGAAUACCCUGCCUCCUUGGCUGAAGCCCCCUGUCAAUUCCAAUUUCCUGGCUGGCCCGCCAAGUUCUCAUGAUAUUUUUGUUUCUCAAGAAUCUGGAUCUAGUACCGUCAUUGAAAUCGUUGGAGGUUCCAGACACAAAGCACACACAAUGAUAGAUGCUGCUGUUCAGGCGAUUUCAUCAAUGAAAGAAGGGGAAGAUGCUUUCGUGAAGAUUGGGGAGGCUUUAGAUUCUAUUGAUAAAGGACAAUUAGCAUCAGAACCGAAGGCACAAGUAAUCAGGUCUCCAGAGCAUGUCAAUGGCAUUUUAAACGAUCAUGAUCAGUUGAUUUCCAGCACAUUGGAGGCCCAAGUUAAUGGUAAUGCAUCUGGGCCUAAAUCCCAAAAUAAUGCUGACAAAAUUGAAGCAGCAAUCCCUGAAGAGCUUAUAACAUCAUGUGUUGCUACUUUGCUCAUGAUACAGACAUGUACCGAACGACAAUAUCCUCCAGCUGAUGUGGCACAGAUAAUUGAUUCUGCUGUCACUAGCUUGCAUCCAUACUGCCCUCAAAAUCAGCCAAUAUAUAGAGAGAUACAAAUGUGCAUGGGAAGAAUCAAGACCCAAAUAUUAGCUCUAAUACCAACAUAAAGCCAAUGCCUUGUGCUUUCUCUAUUAUCAGCUUUUGUAUAUAUGACAUGAUGGAGUCUUGGUUUCAGCUUUUGGUUCCCAGCUCCAUACGCCUUCAUCCUCUUCCUUCCUCCCUCUAAUCCCUUAAUUUUAGUUUUAUUUUUCCUAAUUGAAAUGGGGAAUCACCUAAUUAUGGUCCCUCAUUGUAACUUUACCCCACCCUCUUCAUCUUCAGUUGAAUAAAAUUUUGACAUAUUAUGGCCACAUUUUACUGUUUUAUUAGCUUUUAAUUUGAUAAAAUUGUUAUUGAAGUUAA